CUCAGUUCCGCAGCCUGUCAGCGGAGUUACGAACAUCUCUGACUUCUUCUCAACCAAAAAAACACCUCGACCUCCGCACGAAAUGCCUCGGACUCACCGCUGUUUUUGGGGGGAUUUACGAUGGAUUUUUAACGUCUGAUCACCGCGGUAAAAGAUGCCUGAAUGUGAGGUGUCCAGCGCUGGAGAAAGAGUGCCUUUUCUGGAGCUAAACGGGUCCGCAACAUAAAACACAAGGCCAGCCUGUAGCAUCUAGUUAGCAUCUUGUUAGCUGCUAACGCUGCUAACAGGUGUUCAGGCAGAAAAUAACCAAACACAACGUGUAGCUGUUAGUUAGCUGGCAAAACAAGCCCAUGACUUAACACUGAACUUAAUAUGCCUAUUAUUCGCCUUUUUUAAGCAAACGCGAAGUAGCAAGUAUAACACUUAGAAACAUUGUUGUUAGCCGAUAGCUCCUUUUUCAGUUAGCCGCUGUUUACAGUAGCUAGCCUCACUUAGCAUCCCAAGCUAACGAGUUAACUUUAUAGCUACAUGUGCUUGUUUUUAUGUUGUAGCUGAUUUUUCGCUCUUUAACUGGAUUCUACUGCCAAUUUUGGUGAUUUUCUUCACGUUUGCAAGCGAGGCAGUUGGAGUUUUCCCCACCGUACCUCUGCCCCGGACUGACCCCCCCCCCCCCACAGGACUCUCUAUCCGGGGCCGAUGCUGACAGUUCAGCCCGGUCGCAAGGAGCCAUGCAGCCCCAGCAGAUAUACGACUUUUCCAGUGACGAGAACAGUCACAAAUGGAGAGGCCUCUUCGUGCAAGCUCUGCGGAAGGUGCAGAAGCAGGUGCACCCGAACCUCACGGCGAAGGAGGACGCGCUGCAGCACAUCGAGGAGCUGAUCCUGCAGCUGCUCAGCAUGCUGUGUGUCGCGCAGCCGCGCUCCGUGCAGGACGUGGAGGAGCGCGUCCAGAAAACGUUCCCCCACCCGAUCGAUAAGUGGGCCAUCGCUGACGCUCAGUCGGCGAUUGAGAAACGCAAGAGGAGGAACCCCUUACUGCUCCCCGUGGACAAGAUACACCCCCUGCUCAAGGAGGUGUUGGGCUACAAAGUGGACUACCAUGUGUCGCUGUACAUCGUGGCUGUGCUUGAAUACAUAUCAGCAGAUAUCCUGAAACUGGCGGGAAACUACGUGGGAAACAUCCGGCACUAUGAGAUCAGCCAGCAGGACAUCAAGGUGUCCAUGUGUGCAGACAAGGUGUUGAUGGACAUGUUCGACCAAGAGGAGGACAUCGGUCUCAUGUCUCAGUGCACGGAGGAGCCCUCGUCCUCGGGCGAACUCACGUACGACGACCUGGUGCGUCUGGAGAUCGCCGAGGAGCGUCAGUACCUGCGAGAGCUCGACCUCAUCAUCAAGGUUUUCCGCCAGCACUUCCUGUCCAACCCAAAGAUCUUCACGCCGCAGGACGUGGAGGUGAUCUUCAGCAACAUCCUGGACAUCCACGAGCUGACGGUGAAGCUGCUCGGCCUCAUCGAGGACGCCGUGGAGAUGACGGCGGACGGCAGCCCGCACCCGCUGGUGGGAAGCUGCUUCGAAGAUCUAGCCGAGGAGCAGGCCUUCGACCCCUACGAGACUUUGUCCCAGGAUAUCCUCAGUAAGAAUUUCCACGAGCACUUCAACAACCUGAUGGCAUGCUCCACCGCCGGCCACUACUUCAAGGCGGUUGCAGAAGGUUUCAAAGAAGCCGUGCAGUACGUCCUCCCUCAGCUGAUGAUGGUCCCGGUUUACCACUGCAUGCACUACUUCGAGCUUCUGCAGCAACUGCAGGAGCGCAGUCAGGACCAGGACGACAGAGAGUGUCUGAAGCAGGCGAUCACUGCGCUGCUGAACCUGCAGUGCAGCGUGGAGCGAAUCUACACCAAGCACCAGCCUCGCCGCAAACCUGGUGAGCCGAUGUACCGGCUGUACAGCAGGCAGGUCCGCAGCAAACAGCUCGCCAUCAAACGCAUGAACGAGAUCCAGAAGAGCAUCGACGGCUGGGAGGGGAAGGACAUCGGCCAGUGCUGCAGCGAGUUCAUCCUCGAAGGUCCUCUGCUGCGGGCCGGCGCCAAACACGAGCGACACAACUUCCUGUUCGACGGCCUCAUGAUCAGCUGCAAGGCCAACCAGAGCUCUCGACUCCCGGGGUCCGGCAGCGGCGCCGAGUACCGCCUCAAGGAGAAGUUCGUGCUGAGGAAGAUCCGCAUCGUGGACCGCGAGGACUCCACGGAGCUGCGGCACGCCUUCGAACUCAUCGGGAAGGACGAGAACUGUGCGGUGUUCUGCGCUCGGACGGCGGAGGAGAAGGCGGCGUGGAUGGCGGGGUUAGUGACGCUGCAGUACCGAUCCACGCUGGACCGCAUGUUGGACACGGUGCUGCAGCACGAGGAGCAGGCGCACCCUCUGAGGCUGCCGUCGCCAGAGGUGUACCGCUUCGCCGUGCAGGACUCUGAGGAGAACAUUGUGUUUGAGGACAAAGUGCAGAGCAAAACGGGGAUCCCCAUCAUAAAGGCCGGCACCGUGGUGAAGCUCAUAGAGAGGCUCACCUACCACAUGUAUGCUGACCCUAACUUUGUGCGCACGUUUCUUACCACGUACCGAUCCUUCUGCAAACCACAGGAGCUGCUCACCCUGCUCAUAGACAGGAUUGAGAUCCCGGAGCCAGAGCCGACGGAGGAGGACCGGCAGGCGCUUUGGAACGGGGACCAGCCGAUGGCGGCCGAGCUGCAGCGGUUCAGGAAGGAGUACGUGCAGCCGGUCCAACUCAGGGUCCUCAACGUUUUCCGUCAGUGGGUCGAACAUCAUUUCUACGACUUUGAGAACGAUCCUGAGCUGAGGAGUCGGUUAGAGGAAUACAUCACCAGCAAGUUCCAGCUGCGAGGAAAGUCGAUGAGGAAGUGGGUGGAGUCGAUCAAUAAGAUCAUCAAGAGGAAGCUGCAGACGCAGUCGAACGGCGUCAGCCACAACAUCACCUUCGAGUCGCCGCCCCCCCCCAUCGAGUGGCACAUCUGCCGGGCGGGGCAGGUGGAGACCUUCGACCUCAUGACCCUUCACCCCAUCGAGAUCGCCCGGCAACUCACGCUGCUCGAGUCUGAGCUGUACAGAGCGGUGCGUCCCUCGGAGUUAGUGGGCAGCGUUUGGACCAAAGAGGACAAAGAGAAGAACUCCCCGAACCUGCUGCGUAUGAUCCGCCACACCACCAACCUCACGCUGUGGUUCGAGAAGUGCAUUGUGGAGACGAUGAACCUGGAGGAGCGCGUGGCCGUGAUGUCUCGGGUCAUCGAGAUCCUGCAGGUUUUCCAGGAGCUCAACAACUUCAACGGGGUUCUGGAGGUGGUCAGCGCCAUCAACUCUGUCCCCGUGUACCGGCUGGACCACACCUUCGAGGCGAUACCGGAGAGGAAGAAGAAGAUCCUGGAGGAAGCAGUGGAGCUGAGUCAGGACCACUUUAAGAAAUAUUUGGCUAAACUCAAGUCAAUAAACCCGCCCUGUGUGCCUUUCUUUGGUAUCUAUUUAACCAACAUCCUGAAGACGGAGGAAGGGAACCCGGACUUCCUGAAGCGCCACGGCAAAGAGCUGAUCAACUUCAGCAAGAGGAGGAAAGUGGCGGAAAUCACCGGAGAGAUCCAGCAGUACCAGAACCAGCCGUACUGCCUGAAGGUGGAACACGAGAUCCGGCGGUUCUUCGAGAACCUGAACCCGAUGAACAACCGGAGUGAGAAGGAGUUUGCAGACUACUUGUUCAAAAUGUCUCUGGAUAUUGAGCCACGGCACUGCAGGCAGGCUCCUCGAUUUCCCAGGAAGACGAUGUACAACCUGAAGUCCCCGGGGAUCCGGCCUGUCCGAACCUCUACCUCUGGGACCCUGAAGGGCCACCCGGUGCCCCUGGAGAGGGAGCCGCCCCACAAGAUCACCUUCCGGAGCAUCCCGGAGACGGAGCCCGAGUCCCCUGCCUCCGUGCCCACCUCCCCCAACACGCCCACCCCCCCGCAGUCCGCCACCUCCGACAUCAGCUCCGUAUUCAUGGAUCACGACUUCAGCAGCUCGUACGGAGGAAAUAACUCCAUUUUUGCUCCUGUGCUUCUGCCGCCUUCAAAGUUCCAGUCGGUGUCGUGCGGCAGCCUCCAUCAGCUCGUGGACGAGUCGAUGAAACCGCCUCCUCUGCCGCCGCGGAGGAAAGACGCCACGUCUGAAUCCAAGAUGAGCUCCAGGUCCGACAGUCCUCCAGCGAUCCCCCCCCCCCGGCUGCCCCCCCCUCGGAACCAGCCCCGGACCCCGCUCUACAACGGCCCCCCGAUGGACGGCCCGCUGCCCAGCCCCCCCCCACCGCCGCCCCGCGACCCUGAGCCCGACACGCCCCCUCCGGUUCCUCAGCGACCUCCGGAGAUCUUCAUCAACUACCCGGUGAACAUGCAGCCCUCCCCAGUGGGCCGCUAUCACUGGGACUUUGGCUCCGCCCCCUGCUCCCCCAACACCCCCCCCAGCACGCCGUCGCCCCGCGUCCCUCGCCGCAGCUGCCCGCUCAGCGCCAGUCAGAACAGCCUCUACCCGCUGCCCAUCACCGCCCCCCCGGUGCCCCCCCGCCACAACUGCAACCCCCAGCUGCCCAAACUCCCACCAAAGACUUACAAGAGGGAGCUGCUGCUGCCCCCCCCCCCUCAGAUGCAGGGCCUCUCGCUGGUGGAGAACACCGACGAAUGAAAACACACACACACUGAGAGGGAACACACACACACGCUGAGAGGGAACACACACACUCACGAUCCCCUGUUUAUCAGUCACUGGCACCGUGUUAGCGUUGUUAAAGUCUUGAAGAAAACUUUAUUGAUCUCUCAGGCCUCCAUGGUGAACAAAGAGUCAUAAAAAACGUAGAAAAGUCUUAUUAUUUAAAGCAGUGUCCAAUACGUGCAGGCGUGCUACUCUCAAUGAAUGUUGCAAUGACUUUACUAAAAAGCUGACAUGGUGCAUAGAGUAACGGACAGACCUCUCCACAGAAUCAUGAUCUUGUGUUUCCUACAGAUGUAUUUUUAAUGCUUUUUGCACCCAUCGAUCAAAGCCAUUUUAGUGGAAAGACUAGAUUGUUAAUUAAUAGAUAAAAGAAGUGUAUUUAUCAUGAACAGAUCUGUAAAACUGAGGGUCUGCACACACAAUCAUGCUGAAGAUCCAAUUUAAAUCUCGUGCUUACCAGAAAUUGUCUCACAACAUUUAUUUUAGCUAUAGGUAAGACACACCGAUGUAAUGCGAUGUGAGACCAGAUAUAUUCUUAGAUCUUGAAGGCUGCUGUUACAAUAUAACAGAUAUUUAAAGCUGCUGUCCCUUUAACGAUAAGCCAAUCAGGUAACCGAUGAUUAAAUUGAUGAAAAACUGGUGUAAAUAUUUUUGAAAGCAUCAAAAAUCAACCCUUUCAUUUCGUUUGAGCAUCGAUUUUGAUGCAUUUGAUCACAAAUAUUGAGAUGUUUGACUUCCUCUCCAUGUGUCAGCCCUAUAAGAGACAUUUUAGUUGACUUAAGAACAAAAACAACAAAUAAUUUGUAUAACAUUUGAGUACAAUUCUUGAUUUAUUUUAUCCGUUUUUUUAAUCAAGGAGGUUUGCGAGAAGUAAAACAGUCUUUUCUCCAGGAAGGUAACGCAGUGUGAGUUUCUGAUAAACAGCUGAUCAUUUCAAGAAUUUCCCUCGACUCCACCCGCCUGAAUCAAACUCCCCCCCCCCCCCCCCCCCCCCCAACCCCCCCCC